AUGUCAGAGGAAAUGAGGAACCCCUUCAUAAGUAAUACACCAUCGUCUUCUCCUGCAAAGUCAAGGGUCCAGAGCGGCAACCGCAUAACAAAACGAGACACAUCUUCAUCCUCAUCAUUAACUUCUGUGAACUCCUCGCCCUUGAGGAGACCGCGAUCUAGCAAUGGCGGCUACACUGAUAGGUUUCUCCCCAACAGAACUAACAUGGAUUUGAAGUCUGUUAUCUCUAUUGGUUCGUCCCAACUGCCAAGGCUAGUUCCCUCCGAUUCAGACAAUCACUUAGAAGUAAGAAGGGAACAAGAAGCGCAUGAAACAUUCGAUGCUGUUUUGAAGAAUGAAUUGUUUGGAGAGAAACUAUGCGAAGCUUCCAACGAGAACGAAGACAGUAUCGAGAGGAUUAAGUAUACUGCUACCUUUCCUUACCGCGAGCCUUCUACGCCCCCUAGGUCCCAGGAGGCAUCUGGAAGGGACGCAUUGUUGUCGCCUUCUCCAUCAAGCCCUGCAACUCCACGGCGCCUUACUUUCGAAAAUCACUCAAAGCCCAGCAGCAGUAGUAUGCGAGGCGCUAGCUUGCUAACGUACUGCGAAAAGAAAGCGUCGAGACCAUCGGCAGCUUCGCUGCUACAAAGUCAGUAUUCCAGUUCAGCAUCACCAGUACGACCUGACUCAAAAAAACUACUUCUAUCCCCAAGCAAAAAGGUACGGCAAAUUUCAAAAAUCCCCUUCAGGGUUCUUGACGCGCCCUCACUAGCUGACGAUUUCUAUUAUGAUCUCGUUGACUGGUCCAGCGCUGACAUGCUUGCAGUUGCGUUAGGUAAAUCUAUCUUUCUGACAAACAAUAAUACAAAUGAAGUGGCUCAACUUGCCAAAACCGACGACGAUUAUACAAGUUUGAGCUGGGUAGGAGCUGGCUCUCACCUGGCUGUGGGUCAAGCAAACGGGCUCGUGAAAAUUUUUGAUGUCGAGAAGAAGCGGUGCAUACGAACUAUACCAGGUCAUAUCGAUCGCGUCGCAUGUCUCUCUUGGAAUAAUCAUAUUCUGACAUCGGGAAGCAGAGACCGGAGGAUUUUGCACAGAGACGUUAGGACGCCCGAGCCAUGUUUCGAAGAAAUCCGCACGCACAAGCAGGAGGUAUGUGGAUUGAAGUGGAAUGUUGACGAAAAUCAAUUAGCAUCUGGUGGGAAUGACAACGUCGUUUUUGUUUACGAUGGAACGUCCAGAAAACCCAUUCUCACACUUGCUGAGCACACAGCAGCCGUCAAGGCUAUGGCUUGGUCCCCACAUAGACGCGGGGUCUUGGCUACGGGUGGAGGAACAGCUGAUAAGAGGUUAAAGAUAUGGAACGUCAGAACAUCAACAAAGCUCCAUGACGUGGACACCGCCUCACAAGUUUGUAACAUGAUAUGGUCCCGCAAUACAAAUGAAAUCAUAACUUCGCAUGGGUACUCUAAAUACAACCUAACGCUGUGGGAUGGGGUGAAUGCUGAACCUAUUGCCAUCCUCAAAGGGCAUAGCUUCCGUGUUUUACACAUGACACUUUCGGCAGACGGAACAACCAUAGUAUCUGGAGCAGGUGAUGAAACCCUCAGAUACUGGAAGCUUUUUGACAAGCCCAGACCACAAGCGCAUGCUGCGUCCGCACUUCUAAGCACAUUUAAUCAAUUAAGGUAG